GUUUAAAUUUGGUAUUUGGUAGAGUUUGGACAUUCUCCUUAUUUUGUUCCUCAUGGUUGCGGAGGGAAGGACGAAGGUUUAAGCACAACGGCGACGCUGCAACUUUUCUCAGUGUAUGAGCCACUAUUGUAGAGAUACAAACAUGGCUGAUGAAAAUAACUCAAGUUCAGAAUCCUUAUCAAACACUCAAGUAAUGUAUCGUUGUAAGAAGUGUCGUAGAAUUGUUGCCACGCAGGAGAGUAUGGUCACCCAUGAAAGAGGAAAAGGUGAAUCGUGCUUUAAGUGGAACAAGAGAAGUGGUAAUUCACGAGGAAUCGAAAACAAGCCAGCUGAUUGCACCUCCAUUUUUGUUGAACCAAUGAAAUGGAUGGAAACCUUGCAAGAUGGCCAUGAUGAAGAGAAACUUGUGUGUAUUGGAUGCAAAGCUCGUUUGGGUUCCUUCAACUGGGCUGGAAUGCAGUGCAGCUGUGGAGCUUGGGUUAAUCCUGCUUUUCAACUUCACAAAAGCAGAUUAGAUGAAUGCCUUAUGUGAAUAAAUUAGAAACGAAAUAAAGUUUACUUGCUAGUUGUAGUUGCUAUAGGUCUUCGUCUAUGGGCUCUUGCUUUUUUUCUUUUCCUAGAACUAGAUAUCUAGCCAACUUGAUUAAGCAGAGUAUUGAGAAGUUCAAUCUUUGGUAAUUCUAAGACAGAAACCGAAGUUUGGAUUGUUGAAUACUGAAUACUUAUGGGAAAGGAAAUUUUGAAUCCAAGAUCUUUUGAAUGAGAAUUAACACGGAUGCAACAAUUUUGUUGGAAGCCUUAGGCUACGGGGUUCAAGUAGCAUCCUAUUUGGGAAUUUGUAUAGUACCAGCCAAGGACUUAUCCGAAGUUUGGAUGGAAAUUUUGUUUACAAGACUGAAGUUCAACCAAUCAUACGGAUAUCAGCAAAGAAACAAGGUUCUUGACGUUUUAGAUAUGUGUAGAACGAUUUUUCUUCCUCAGAUUUGGAGAGCUCAUUUGUUUCUUCACUAUAAAUUUGAGUCUUUGUUUGUCAUAUUAAGUUGGCGGUGCAAUGUUGUGGGGUGUGAUCAACAGCGAAGUCGAGCGAUGUGGUGGUGAUCAAUGAACAACACCAAGUUUGUCGAGAAGAAAGGAGGAAAUAAAAGGAAAAAAGAAGCAAAAAAGAAGAAAACCCACGUCAACCUCAUGAACCAACCAAAAAUGUGUUUGGCUCUGGGUGAUAUUACAUACAGACCUUUCAAAGUAUGUAUACAUCUCUGGUUGAGAUCGAACCAUUAUAAUUUUUGUGUGGCUGAUCAAUUGUUAAUCAUCUUAAAAUGAUCCAAAGCAAUUUAAUUAAGUUUGUAAUUGAGAUAUAUUAUGCUUGAUACAUUAAUGGAAGCUCAUUAUGACCACUA